AUGAUAAUUGCGGUCUUCGCAUGGAACAUCCAGACUCAAAAGGAUCAUCAACUCGUCAAUUCUUUGCACCUGCUGGUCAACGAGCUAACUCCCACGCACUUAGUAAUCAGCCGGUCAACUGCCGAAAAUUUACUGAAGAAUCUGCAUCAUUGGUUAUCAGCUACUGGCGCAGCAAUAAGCGCCAUCCGCCAGGAGAUGAUACAUGCAGAUAUUGCUCGUCAAAAUACAUUGAUGCUCAUUCAAAUGGUGACAGCGGUCUUAAGUAUAAUUAAGGCAGCACUAUCCCCGGAAACCUUGGACAAGAAUAUGACUCUUUUACACUGUAUAGUCAACACGUGCACAAUGCCCCCCAUUGAGGAUUUGCUAUUCGACAUCAAGGACUCCAAAUUUGACGCCACCUCCAAGUUGCUCGGGCUAGAAGAAAUGAGGCCGAAGACGAUUGAGCUUCUGGAAUUUUUAUCUUUAAUACUGAGAACGUUCAUGGGAUACAAAUUGAACUCGAUGUACGAACUUAACAAUACAAAGGUGCGUCACGCAGAUUUAAAUAUAACCCUAUUGCAGGCUGGAUACGGAAACCAUUCCGUUACAUUGGUUGUGUCCAACGUAAUACGGGAGAUAUACGAAUCCGACAACCAAACGAAAUCGGCGCUUGCAUUGGCAAUUAUUAUGGAUAUUGAAGCACCGAGUCCACCCCCAUCACCGCUAACGGACGUAAUGCAGUACCAUAUGUCGCAGAUUUGGAUCGCGGCAUACAGAAACCAAAGCCGACACACGCUGUGGCGUUACGAUCUUGGCAAAACGUAA